AUGGGUCGUAAAAUCGUCGAUCUUUCAGAAGAAAGCGAUGUGUCGCCUUCUCUUAGUGAUGCUUUGCUAUUUACUACCGUUUGUAUCUUAGGAGUUCCCGUCGAAGUUCAGGUCAAGGACGGUUCGAUCUAUUCCGGCAUUUUUCACACUGCCUGCGUCGAAAAGGAUUACGGUAUUGUUUUGAAAAAAGCGAGGAUGGCAAAGAAGGGGAAAAAUGGUGCCAACCUUGAAAUAGAUGCUGUCGUAGAUACACUUGUUGUACUCUCAGGUGAUCUCGUUCAAGUAGUUGCGAAGGAAGUUAUACUUCAGGCAGAUGGAACUGUUGACAGUGUAGCUGAGGAUGGCAUUGGAACUGUUGCUGGAUAUGUUUGUCCUAUUGAGUGCCUCGAAAGUGAAGAAGUAUCUCCGAAAUGUAACAAGGUUGAUUUGAAAAUGUCUGCAGUGGAUUCUAUUCAAAUAAGUCAAAUUAGGAGUUUAGAUCAGAAUGAGAAUAAAUCAGCAUAUGAUUUCAUAAACACAAAUUCUGAGGAUUAUUUCCCUGGAAAAGCAGAAGAGGGGCUUGGGAUAAGCAAAGAGACAGUACCUCUGGAAAGUAUGGUGAAUAGUGAUAAUGGAAAUGAGGAUGGCAUGCAUCAAGAAAAGAUUGAAGAAGUUUCAACUGUUUCAGAUUAUCUGGGACAGAUUUGGAAAGAGAGGUCACAAGGGGAAAAGGUUCAGUAUGACCAAGACUGUGAGGCCCAUAAGGAAGACAUUAUUAACAAAUCUCAGAGCUCAAGUUCAAGUGUGGAUACUUGCCACACCCGACUAAAAUCUGUUGAUGGAAAGAACUUGGGGAUAUCAUCUAAUAAUUUGCCAAAUGGAGCAUGUGGUAGCCCUGACCCUUCAGUUGUCAAACCAGACACCCAGGACGGUGAGAGGCCUGCUUCAACAGAAUUUCCAUCAGAUAUUUCUACUUCGUCCACUUCUGGUGUAGAUGUUCCCUCACAAUCAUGUUCCACUUCUUUAGCUUCAUCAACCAGCAUGGUCCCCCCAAGAAUCUUGGCAUUUGAUACAAAUAGCAAGGAAUUUAAGCUCAAUUCAGGGGCAAAAACCUUCUCUCCAUCAUUUGCAAUACCUAGAACACCACCUGCAGUGCCAACAGUUGCAAGCAUGGCUUACAUCCCAAACAGCUCGUCUUUGGUGCCUGUUGCUGGUGUGCAGCCAGAAAUUGGAGUCAGUUCUUUUGCACCUUGUUCAUCUCUGCCGGUGAAGUUUGUCCAAUACAAUAAUUCAGUAAUUGUAAAUGGGGGAAGUGGCUCUCAAUAUUCACAACCUAUUGUUGGACAUGUGGGAAGCAGGCCGCAGCCAAUUAGAUAUGCUGGUCAAUAUCCCAUCCAAGCAGGACCUGCAUAUGUGCAUCCAAACUCUCAACCUGUCAUGGUUGGACGACUCGGACAACUUCUCUAUGUGCAUCCAGUUUCACAUGUAAGACAUGAUUUAUCCUUGAUCUUAUCCAAAUAA